AUGGUGCAGUACAACCCAGUACACCACUCGGAGGAGGACGGCAUCGAACUGAUGGGCCCGUCGAGCCCGUCGCGCAACGGCAGCAGACCCAUGCCACCACCGCAAAGGAAACGCCGCUGGCUCCGCGCGUGCUGCGGCGCGUCGGGCGCCGCGGUCGUCGUCGCACUCAUCGCCUACGCCGUCGCCGCGACGCCGCGGCAGCCGUCGCUCGCGACCACUCUAGAAAUGCUGCAGCUCACGCUGGCUACCUUACUGACCCCUCCGCCACCACCGCCGGACCCGGCCAAGCAAGCCUGCGCGGCUAGAAACGCGACGAACGCGACGUGGCACGCGCACGCCGACUACGCGAGCCAGUCGCUGCUCCUGACGAUCCCCAACGAAACGCUCUCCGCGCCGUUCACGGUGAUAGCUACCACACGAAGGACAACCGGCCGCGACGCGGGCUUUGCCCACUACGGCGUCGGCGUCGAGGACAGCUAUUUCACAUUGAGAGAAUCAGCACACGGCGGCGACGCGCGCGUCACGCGGCCACCCCUAAGUGUAAGGCCGGUGACGGACACGUACGCGGCGGCCGCCGAGGACGGUCUGGGUGCCGUGGGCUGGGUCGCGACGCUGCCGAAGGCGGGCGACUGCGGCGACGGCGCAGUCGUAUACAACGCCUGGAGCUGGAUCCUGAACGAAGGCGCCGCGAUUGUAGAUAUUCCGAAGCGCUGCCACGGCGAGCUCGAAUUGCGAUCUGUCUCGGCGUUUCCCCGAAAUGUGCAGUUCGUCGUCGCGUGUUCAUUGUGGGAUGUGGAAGAUGUGUACGCCAACGACCCGACGGCUGUAGAAAUAGCCUACUCUUUAGCGUUGUUGCCCGACGAGCCGAUGACGCCGAGGCGCGCUGAUGAUAGGGUGGGCUUCUUCGGGACGACGUACGAGCAGCUCGGACCCCUCCCGAGAGAUUUCCACACGGACGCGCCGAAUGCUUCCUAUAGUGAUGCGGACCGGAGAGUGAACUUGAUAAACCGGCGACGGCCUGUGUGGAAAUCAAGAUUUUACGGCGCGUUCGUGCUGAAUCGUCGCGUCGUCCUCCACGCCAUCGACGCGACGCCUGCUCGAUGGCGUGGCGAUGCCGGUUCCUCGCCGCUCGACCGAGCCAGGACGGCCGCGUCAUCGCGAAGAAAUGACUUAGUGAAGAAUUGUCGGUGCACCCGACGCACUGGUUUCCACACAGGAGGCGUCUAGAAAAAGAUGAGGACUGCACCGAACGUCGAUUGGCUCACGGUCGGAGACUACUCUGCAAACCCAGGGUACCAAUCACGUACCACCUCGACCCGACCGUACCACAACCUUUGAGGGAAGCCAUCAAGCGCGGCGUCUUGACUUGGCAGCCAGCUUUUGAAGCGAUUGGCUUCGAGGAAGCCAUCAAAGUCGUGGAACCGGAUGAUGCUGAUUGGCCGGCGGAGUAUGAUCCCGGGGACGUGCGGUUUUCCUCGAUCACUUGGCUGCCCUACCCCGACCUAGGAUUGGCGAUCGGCCCGUCCGUCGUGGAUGCCCGGACGGGCGAGAUCCUCUACGCGAACAUCGUGUUCGGCGAGGGCUGGAUCCGCGCGUUCACGGGGAGCUGGUUGGACGAGGCCUCGAUCGGCCACGACCCGUCCGGGCGCCACGACCGCGGCGACCACGCGCCCGUGGGACAUGCCCACGGCGGGCAGGGCCAUGAUCACGACCACGACCACGGCCACGGCCACGACGCGCACCGCCACUGCCACCGGUCGGCACAUGAAGUGUUAGAGGGCUUAGCUGUUGGGCUCACCGCGCGCGGCGACGCCGACGUCGACUCCAAGACGUUUGUCGAGGCCGGGUUGGUCGACGUCGUCGCGCACGAGGUGGGCCACACGCUUGGGUUGAGGCACAACUUCCGGGCCUCGGCACUCCAUAAGCUCGAGGACAUCCACGACGCGACGAAGCGCAAGCAAGGUAGGGUCGCAUCUUCAGUGAUGGACUACAUCGCGCCCGUGGUCGCGGAGGACCAGAAAGACCAAGGUAAAUAUUUCAUGGACGGCGUGGGCAUCUACGACGCGUUCUGCAUCAAGUAUGGCUACUCUGUCGUUUCGGAGGACGAGCUCCGGGCCAUCGCUCAAGAAGCGGACGGCAACCCGACGCUCGCCAGAUCGGACGACGGCGACCAACUAGCGUCGAACGAUCCACGCGCUAGGCCCUACGACCUCAGCCAGGAUGCUACCGAAUGGUGUUCGCAACAAAGGAGAGUCACGAAGAGAUUUCUGGAGCGGCUGGGGGAUGAUGCGAUGGCCUCGCGAUACGAGGACGUCUUCGUGAGGCGGCGGGAGUACGAGCGCGCGGCCGCGUCGCGAGCGUUAAAUGCCUGGUGGCGCGACUGCGGCGAGCUGCUCGUCUUAUAUAUGCGGGGUCUCGACUACGACAGAACAAAUUAUGACGAGCUCUCGAAGCCCGUAGCCAAGGAGACGCGUCAAAGAGCCUUGGAGUUGCUAGGCGACGCCUGGCGGGACCCGGGCCUGGCCCUGCCCCCGUUAUCAUUACUGAAGCGCGCCGCCGCGUUCGAUGAUAAUGAAUACAAGUGGGGGCUCGCCUCGGAUUAUGACCUGUGGCUCGAGGGCGCUCUACAGAGAAGGACGCGGUCCAUGGACCACGUUUUACACGUGACUUGUUUGCGCUGGUACGACACGCUCGCGUGGCUCGAGGGGGAUAACUCGGCCGUCUUGUCGACGCUGACGGAGAAAUUACUAAAGCCGCUGCCUUCUUCAGAAGUCCUCGAGACGGCGACGGCGAGCGCCUGGCUCGAACGUUUAAGGCUUUUGCUGGCCGAUUCGCAGAACGCGACGGCGUUUGAAGAAAGGCGCGGGCCGGCGCCCUUUUCGCUUUCUUCGGUGCGGAGUGCCGCGCGCGGGGCGCUGGGCGUCGCGGUCGACGCGCUCAAAACGGCGACGGCGCCGGAGCUCGUGCGGGAGAAGGCGAUGGCGUCGAGGGCGCUUGAGGCGGAGCUUGUCUCGUGAGCGGCGGGCGAAUUUGUAAUAUAUAAUGUGUUUCUUGUAAUUGGGAAUGGUCGAUGCGCCGGCCGGGGAUUUAUUCAUGCUCCAGUGUUGCGCACGGCCGCCGCGUCCGAGCGCGAGCGCGACUUCUUCACCCCGCGUCGGUCCUGGGCCAACUCCGGACACGUCCCUUGCCCAUGAAGGCAAAAAAUAGCGCUUCUCGCGACGUUCAACCUCAGCUGCAAUUCAGGCGAAAAUACGGGUUUCCAGCCUCAAACAUCGUGCGUUUUGGGGGCGUUGCGGCGUGUCGGCGGCGGCACAGCUCGUCGCACGCACGCGCACCGGUACUCCGACGCCGGGGGCAGCCGGUGCUAGGGGAAAAUCCAGCGCUGGGAGCUGGAAGAGCGCCGUGGGCAGCGGCACCCGAAAGGACACCAAAACACGACGGAGUUCCAGAGCGGGCGCCAGCAGCGGCCGCCGCCGGCGCGGCGGCGGCUCGCCCUCGCGGCGCUGACCGUGGCCAACGCCUCGAACUUCUGGCAGCGCAACCUCAUUUACGCGCUCGCGAGCGUCAUCCCACCUCAGUGUUUGAAAGAAUGCGAGAACGCGGCCUUCGUGCCGGUGUGUGAUGUGUGCGAGAACGACGAGUGCGGCGAGUGCCAGACGUGUCGCGCGGGCGCCGACGCGGCCUACUACUCGAUCAGAGAUGCCGCGUGUGUCUCGGACCGCCAGUACGGGCUGCUCGCGUCCGUCGCCUUCACGACGUGUUUCGCACUGUCUGGGUUGGCUGCCGGCCAUUUGGCGGAUCGGCUCGAUGCCAAGCGGUUGCACGCCGGAGCCGCUUUGACCUGGGCGUUGGCAGGCUUCCUGCCCGUCAUCUAUCCUUCGUUUUCCAUGCUUGUGCUCGCGCGGUUCAUCACGGGCGUCGCGGAGGGCUUCAACGCCCCGUGCGCGUAUCCAGUAACGGCGUACCACUACGCGGUGCACGAGCGCGCCUCGGCGAACGGCUGCUAUUCGAUGGGGACGUAUGCGGGCUCGGCUCUAUCUACACUCUCGCUGCUCUUCGCCAUGGGCGUCGGCUGGCGCCAGACGACGACGAUGGCGUGCGUGGUAGGUAUUUUUGCCGCGGCGCUACUGUGGCUCGUGGUCGACCGGCCGCCGAGGCGGACCAUCCCGUCCGACAGCUUAUAUGUGUCGCUGCGACGAGCGGUGCUCUACGUGCUGCGCGUCAAGCGACUGUUAGGAUUGUACGGCGCGACGUCCGUGCGGAUGGCCGCGACCGUCUCAUUAUGGACCUACCUGCCGACCUACUAUUCUAGAGCGUUUCCGGAGGACGCCGUCGCCUUCUCGCUGUCGUACGCCCUUGGUACCUUACUGUGCGGCGCCGCCUCCUCCUCAGGAGGGGGAUACAUCGCCGACGCCUGGGCCGUGCGGCGCAAAGGGGCCCACGGCGACGUCGCGGCGAUCGGCGCCGUCUUAGCGGUCCCUCUGGCUUAUGGGUGUCUGUACGCUUCUACCUUUGGAGGAUCUUUGACGUGUUUACUCCUCCUGAUCCUCGUGUCGGAGUGCUGGCUGGGACCGGGCAUGUCGUUACUGGUGGAAGACGUCCCUACAAAAUCCAUGGGCACACAAGUGGCGCUACUCUUAGUCUGCAACCAGGCCGUCGCCGCAUUGGGUCCCUGGGCCGUGUCGACGCACGACCCCGGCGAUGCAAAAGUAAGGGACCCGCUGUUCCUCUGCGUCUGUAUUUGUCUGGUGACCUCGGCGGUGGCCUUUUCGCUGGUUGGUAGAGCACAUGGUAUCGAGGAUGAGGACCGGGCGCAGCACGAGGUGCGAGCAUUGCUCGCCCCACCAUCUCUUGCGCGGGGGAGAAGGACACCACCACUAGGGGGAGACCUACUGA